UUUUAGUUUUGAAAGGGUAACAUGAUGCUUUUUGUCCAGUUUGACGUAAAACAGCUUCAAUUUGCUCCAAUUUCAUUUUUUCAUUGAAGUGGAUUUUGUGUUAAAUUCUUUAUAUGAGUAACAUAACUGGUAAUUGCCAUUUGUUCCUCGUGUCGUUAUUGGUGUUACUCGUUGUCAGAGUUUGUUUCUGAGACGGUGAUCGCACCCAAUCUGUAUGCAACUAUUACGCGUCGCCUCGACUAUGUCUUGCCAAGGAUCAUAUUCGGGCCCCGGGGACGAGUAUGACUUCGAGGACGAUGGGUACGACGACCUGGACGAAUACAGGGACAGAGACGACACGUUACCAGCAGCACCUCCAGUCGAGGACAGUGACGAAGACACAGAAGAAGCCAGUGAGACAGACAUACCCCACAACGAUGAGCCACUGGAAGUUAAAGAACAAUUGUACCAAGAUAAAUUGGCUAACUUGAAGAAACAGCUGCAGCAGCUCGAGGAUGGCAUUCACCCAGAGUUCUUGAGGAGGGUCAAGCGGCUAGAACAUCAACUAAAUGAGAGGAUCAGAAUAAAUAAAAUAUAUAGGGAACAUAUGUACGAUGUAGUUGAAAGAGAAUACAUAGCAGAGAAGAAGGCAGCGGCAAAAGAGUUUGAAGAAAAGAAGAUAGAGUUAAGGGAAAACUUACUAAAUGACUUCGAGGAUAAGAGGAAAAUGAUUGAGAGUGAGAGGCAUAGUAUGGAGCUGAAUGGAGAUUCUAUGGAGGUGAAACCAGUGAUGAAGCGAAUUCUUAGACGGCGAGCGAAUGAGCCAGCGCCUGCGCCUGAGAAACGUCGGAAGCCCCUCACAACGACGCUCACGUUCCAAUUGGAUGAGCGAGACAUCGAGGCAGACCUCCGCGCCAUCUCGCGGCAUUCACCGCCACCCAGACAUCAUGCGCCAGCGCACAACUCCACGCAACCCAGGAAGCAUUUAAAUUCUAAUAGUUGUGAUUCACCAGUUCGAGACAGCGGUGAGACCACGGAGACGCGAGUGGAGGAUGGCAAGCUGCUGUACGAGCGUCGAUGGUACCAUCGCGGCCAGAGUGUGUCAGUGGAGGGACGGGAUAUGCCCAAGUUCCCCGGACAUAUACACGCCAUUACUGAUGAGGCGAUAGUGGUAAAAAAGAACAACGUGGAGCGAGUACGGAUAUACAUAUCUCAGUUAGCUCGCGGCAAAGUAACAUUAAAGCGGAGAGCUUCAUAGACUGUACAGAAGAACUUAGGCUACGUUACUAGUGCAUACGCUAGCGUGUGGAGUGAUUGACUGCCAGGCAGAGUGAGUGCAACAAGAAAACAUACAUGUAUGUAAACAUUUUUACUACUCUGUUGUCCAACAAAUAAGAAUUUAUUAGUGUUGCUAUCUUUUUUUGGUAGAUGAAGGAGAUAAAGACAGAAUAUUGUUGAAUUGUAACUUUUUUAUGAACUAUAUAUACAUAAUACUUGAUUAAAAUAAAUUUAGAAUGAGUGUAAAGUGAUGAACUGGCAUAUUAAGACUUUGUUUUAUGUUUAAAGUUGCGUUCUGAUUGGCCGGGUCUAAUGAACCAACCAAUCAGAGCACUUCGAUUACUUGUGUGUGUAUAGGGAUGAUGACAAGGUAUGAAAAUUAAAAAUCUAAUUAGUCCGUAAGUUAGGUAAUGAAAAAAUGUUAGACA